AUGGGCAACUUUCUCACGGCCAGCAGACUGCUUGUGGCUGUUCUCGUCAGCAUUAGCAACGCACAGCCUCUCUCUGGCGACGCUACCCAGCCUCUGAACGAGACUUGCGGACGUGUUUUGCUCCAAGACUUUGACUCUCUCGGUGCGUGGUUCGAGGGCGUCAACGCCAUCAACUGCACGUCUGUUCCGCGUCGCGACAAUGUCACGAUUGCCAUUAUUGGCGGCGGCGUCUCCGGCCUCGCCACGGGCCUGAUGCUCGACAGCAUCGGCAUGCGCAACUGGGAAAUCAUCGAGGCCAGCGAGCGCGUCGGCGGACGCUUCCGCACCAAGUUUGUCGGCGGCACCGACGAGUACGCCGAAAUGGGCCCCAUGCGGCUGCCCUGGAGCAUCACGUACAAGAGCGACAACACGACGCACGAGUACACGGACCACCGCAUGACGUUUCAGCUCGCCGACACGCUCAACCGCCUCAACAACCACGAUCCCCGGUACAAGAUUGACUUUAUCCCCUGGAUCCAGCACCAUCCCAACGAGCUGCUCGCCCGCGGCACCGGCCGACACCCGGACGGCCGGGUGCCGACCCGCGCCGAGGUCGCGGCGGACCCGCAGCGGCUGGCCAAGCCGGCGCCGAUGAGCACGGCCGAGUACAAGGACAUCAAAGCGAAAAUGAAUGCCAUUCUCAAAAGCGAGGAGACGCUGCGGUUCAUACAGCGCGAUGUCUGGCGCGCGCACGCCUGGGCCAUGGGCCGGGGCCUCGACGAGCUCAGCGAGCAGGCCUACAUGCGCGCGACGCUCCACGCCGGCGAGAACGUGACCGACGCCAUCUGGACCGACACCGACUACGACCUCUUCUGGGACGAGCUGCACCACAACUCCAACCUCGCGCAGGACGGCUCCGCGGGCGCGCUCGGCGAGACGGAGUGGCGCUGCGUCGACGGCGGCUUCGACCGCAUCACCGACGCCUUUGUCCCGCACCUCGGCGACCGCCUGACGCUCAACCGCAAGAUUCGCAAGAUUGAGCUGGUAUCUGACGUUGGCGCUGACGGCAGAACGGUGUCGCGCACUCGCCUGUCGUGGUACCCGAGCGUGGCCAACCGCACGCUGCUGCACCGCGACUACGACUACGCCAUUGUUGCGGUGCCCUUUACCAUGACGCGCUUCAUGGACCUGCCGCCGUUUUCGUCGGUGCUCGCGCGCGCCAUUAGCGAGGCGGGCCUGCGCUUCAAGUCUGCGUGCAAGAUGGCCCUGCUCUUCUCUGAGCGCUUCUGGGAGCGCGGCGCGGCGCCCAUCUUUGGCGGCUACUCGCAGCCCGCGUCCGCCGCCGUCGGCGCGCUCUACUACCCCGUCUAUGGCCUCAACCAGUCCUCUUCCUCCUCCUCCUCCUCCUCCUCGUCGGAUGACUCUCCCCGGCCGGGCCUCAUCACGCAGUACCGCGGCGGCGACUGGAGCGAUCGCUACGUCAGCUUCACCGACGAAGAGUACGCCCAGACGGUGCUCGACGCCGUCGUCAGCCUGCACGGCGAGCAGGCCCGCGACUACUACACGGGGCACUAUGAAAAGCUGUGCUGGCUCGAGGACGAGCACACGGCGGCGGCCUGGUGCCGCCCAGACAUUGAGCAGCACAGGCUGUACAUUCCCGCGUACCACCGCACCGAGUUCAACACAAUCUUCAUCGGCGAGCACACGGCGCCCACGCACGCCUGGAUCAGCUCCUCGCUGCACUCGGCGGUGCGCGGCACGGUGCAGCUGCUGCUCGAGCUUGGCAUGGUGGACGAGGCGAAAAAGGUCAACAAGGAAUGGAUGGGCCGCUGGAUUCACGGAGAAUAA